UAACACUCAUGGGUAGUGGGUUGAUGGGGGAGUGGCUCUUGAUCCAAGGUAUUGGGUUUUUUGGCACCUUGAUGCUUGUGGUGGGCCCUUGAUCCAUGGAACUGAUAUUCUUUGUUGCCUUGAUGUCUGUAAUGGGCUCUGAUCCAAGGAAUUUACAUCCUUUGGGGCCUUGAUGUCUGUAAUAGGCUCUUGAUCCAAGGAAUUGGGUUUGUUUGGCACCUUGAUGCUUGUGGUGGGUUCUUGGUCCAAGGAAUUUACAUCCUUUGAGGCCUUGAUUUCUAAUUGGCUCUUGAUGCAAGGAAUUAGGGUUACCUGGUACCUUGAUAUUUGGGAUGGGCCCUUGAUUCAAGAUCCUAACAGUAAUUAGGUACCCAGGUGUUAGUUACCUUACAAAAUCUUACCUUAAACUUACCAGCGCACAAUUUUAAUUAAAAAUCUAAACCAGGUGUUCGAAAUAAUGUUAUUGUUGUUGUUGGGUUUAUCAGGGCCACCGACGGCAUGAGCCGUAUUGAGCUCGGUUUCUCGAUGGUACGAGGAAGAUUUGUUGCCCAAGGCUGGACGACGAAAAAAAAAGGAACAAAAACUCCUUUGUAAAUAGAGAUAGAAACUUGAAGUUUCCAAUUACAUCUGGUGGACGCUCUCGCCGAGCGCCAGCAGAGAGGGACGCCAACACUCCCACCUGAGUUCAGUAACCGGCGUCCCACCAAAGACCAUUAAAGAAUUUUCCGCAGAGCCGAAAAAAUGGAGCUGCUAAAGUAAGCCGAUGUACAGGUGCCCGUCCUGUAGUGGCCGGCGGGCAAAAUAGACGAGGAGAAGCGUCCCAGUGAGAACGGGGGAAGUUUAUCACUGAUACUCAGGUAAGAGAGAGACGGCCACACCUGACGAAGGCUGGCGCAGAAGUCCUUCGAAAUAAUCUUACCAGGUGUUCCAUUAACAUUCUGGGAUACCUGCACCACUACAAGGCAGCAAUAUUCUGGGCAGAUAAGGUGGUAAGUCUGAGCGGAGGCGCCCCUGCUGACGUCUACUGGCUUGCCCAAACCUACUUUUCAACUAAGCAGUACCAUCGGGCUAUUCUACUUUUAAAUGGACACAAAUUGUUCAGGAAUCCCACAUGUCGAUAUCUAAUGGCUUUGUGUCACUACGAAGUUGGGGAGUUCCAUGCAGCUCUGGACAUGUUGGAACGCACUGACAACAACAACAUUUCACGUAUCAAGGCGGACAGAGAGCCUGUUUCUGUUCCAGAAAUUGAUGACACCAUGUCUACUGAAUGCUCCACACACCUACUCAAAGGAUACAUAUACGAGGCAAGUGACAACCGUGCGCUUGCCGCCGAGAGCUUCCGGGCGGCCAUCCAAGCGGAUCCUAUGUGUUACGAAGCCAUCCAUGCUCUCACCCAGCACCACAUGUUGACAGUAAAGGAAGAAAAGGAUCUCCUGUCGUCCCUUCCACUCUCCCAGAGUUGCAGUGAGGCAGAGAGUGCAAUAGUAUUGGCCGUGUACGAAACGAGAGUGAAUAAAUACAGCUCUCCUAGUGAGCCACUGACGCAGCCAGCAGCUCCCCUGGCGUCUAAUGCCGACUUUAUCACGGCGCAAGCCGAAAAACUCUACUAUAACUGCAAUUUUGCUCAGUGUUACCGAUUAACGCAAGAAGUACUGAAGAAAGAUCCGUAUCACACUGGUUGUCUGCCUAUACAUGUUUCUUGUCUAGUGGAACUCAAGCAGUCUAAUACAUUGUUUCUGCUGGCCCAUAAAUUGGUGGAUUUGUACCCUGAAAGUGCACUUGCUUGGUUUGCUGUUGGCUGUUAUUAUUAUCUCAUAGGUAAGAAUGAGCAGGCCCGCCGGUACUUGAGUAAAGCAACAGCGCUAGACAGAGUGUUUGGGCCAGCCUGGAUAGCAUAUGGCCACUCAUUUGCGGCCGAGAAUGAGCACGACCAAGCUAUGGCCGCUUACUUCAAGGCGGCUCAGCUUAUGAAAGGCUGUCAUCUUCCGCUGUUGUAUAUUGGUAUGGAAUAUGGCCUUACAAACAACCCGAAGUUUGCAGAGAAGUUCUUCAAGGAGGCUUUAGAAAUAGCGCCGGAAGAUCCAUUUGUCUUGCAUGAGCUCGGAGUCGUAGCUUUCAGCAAUCAAGAAUAUGUGUCAGCGGACGUAUACUUGCGACGCGCUGUGGCAUUAGUAGAAGAGAGUGGUGUUGUGGUCGUACCAGAGAAAUGGGCGGCCUUAUUAAAUAACCUGGCUCAUAACUGUCGAAAACUACAGAAAUACGAAGAGGCUCUUCACUUCCAUCAACAGGCAUUGCGAUUGUGUCCCGGCGUAUCAUCAACGUAUUCAGCCUUAGGUUUGGUACAGUCACUCCUGGGAGACUACGAAGCAGCUGUUGUGGCCUUGCAUAAGGCACUUUCAUUGCAUCGAGACGACACCACUGCCACGACUCUCCUUACAACCGUCAUGGAGCAGCUCAUGACACAAACUCCAGCCUUCCAGGGUGACGACAAUGUGCCCCAGCUGGACCUUCCGUCGGAGCUGGUUGGGACAGACACGAACACCAGUGAUAUUACACCAGCCUCGGCAGAAGAUCCCCUUAGUGACACCAACCUCUUAGGCUCCAGCAUAGGUCAACCAGUGAUGCACUCCUCCGAUGUUGGUGGAGAUUCCUUGAGUCAUACAGAGAGUCAGUCGUCAGCGCUCAUCAUUGAAGAUAUGGUUAUGGAUGAUCAGAGCCCAUAAGCUUGUACCUAUGCAAAUAAAUUUUUUAGUUUUAUAA